AGCAAUUCAUUUGAAAUGGAAAGAAGGAACCAGCAAUGCAGUCUCUCGGGGAAACCAGCAGAAGUAAAAAAAAACACUCAACUCUGGAGCAGGUGUGUAUGCAUAUUCUGCCAUCUGGAGUUCAUAGGUUCCUGUUUGGCCCAAUGUCAGAGUUCCCUGUGGUCAGACGUCUCAUGGGUGCUGCGUUUGGAGCUCUGAGUGGUGUGGGAUUGUUUUUCGGACUCAUGCACAAUAUUCCAAUGAAAACAGUACAACGAGCUAUUGUUGGAUAUGUGUUUGUAGGCGUAUGUAUUCUUGGAGGCAUGUUUUCCUCACUGUUCCGCUGCUCAGUCCUCUUGAUGUUUCCUAGUAUGCUUGGCUCAAAAGGUCGGGCAUUCCUGAUGAUUUUUGUCCUGCAUGGACUCUACCAAGGCCCCAUUGCAAAUAUCCAGCAGAAUGUGCAGAAUGUGGCCUUGUCCAUGGGCUGUAACAUCGAACUGCAGAUCGCACACAGCAAGGUGAUGUGGAGAAUGGUGACAGAGCCUUAUGUGCAAGUAGUGCAGGAGAUAGUGCAUGACAGUAAGGAGUUUGAGAAAGAGGCGCAAAACAUUAGCAGAAAGUUCCAGAAAAUUCGUGAUGAGGUAAUGGGUCAGUACGGAUAUGACUCUAUUGGUAAGGAGUCUGUCCGCACUGCCAACAGCACCCAGGAGGAGUAUGUAGUGAAGACCAGGGCACGUUGUGACUACGUGGUGGAGCAGGGAAUUGGCCGGUGUCAGGAUUGGUUCAGCGAUAAGUGGGAAGAGUGCAUGAACAUCAUUCAAGCCCCUCUUAUCAACCACUUCCUCUGUGUACCUAUGAAAUUCCACUUUCUGUGUGAUACCAUGAGAUUGAUGUCCCCGUGGUGCAAAGAGAAGAUCCCAGUUGAGGGAAACUUUGGUCAGACCUUCGACAAACUCAAUUACUCCAUCAACAGACUUGCGGAGCACUUCACCACCAAUGUGGUACUUCAGAAAUUGGAGCAGCAGUCAGUGUUUGGAGUGAACGUCCUCGAGGAUUUUUCUAAGGAGCUAGUCCGCGUGUUUCAGGAGAAAACAGAUAUCGCUGAGAAAAUAGCAGAGGUGAUUCAGUUCCUUCUCUCCUUCACCUUCAUCACUGUGUUUACCUCAGCAUUUGGAUAUGUUCGUCAGUAUUGCAGAGACAUUCGCUUUGACAAUGUAUACAUUACAACCUACUUUAGACAGAUUGAUUCCCGUAGAAUGAGAGCUGGAAAAAGACAUUUGCUGCCACUGAAGAAAGCAGAGCAAGAGAGUUUGAUCAACCCUUGGAGCUUAUCUAUCCACUCUGGCGAGCUCACUCCUGUGAUUGUAGGCUUCCUGCAGGUUGUGUCUCUGGCUCUGCUUGUGUGUAUUCUCCUUGCCGUUGAUGGAAUCCUUUACAACAUCUUUGACCUCAUCCGGAGACACACCUUCACCAAGUACUCCAUUACUAGUGUUCAUCACACAGACAUUGUGAUCGGGGGAGAUUCCAUGUUAGCCAGACUUUUGCGGAAAACCAUUGGUGCCUUCAACACCUCCUCCAAUCUUGAUGUUGAAUCCAGUAAUUUGCGUUGUUUGCCCCAGCCACAUGCUCUGAGUCAGUCAAACUACCUAUGGAUCCUUAUCCCCCUGUUACUGAUGUGCCUCAUGUGCUGCCUGCAGGUGUACACAAACCGUCUGCGUAGGGUCAUCACUGCCUUUUAUUUCCCUAAGAGAGAAAAGAGACGGAUCCUCUUCCUCUACAACCUACAGAUCCAGAAACGAAUCUCCUUUAUCAAAAGACAACGCAGAUGGCUGAGGAAUCAAAAACAAACAUUUAAAAAUGCGCUGUUGGUUCUGUUUGGUCCCCUGAAGUGUGUGAGCUGUAGGCUGUACUGGUGCUGUGUGUGUGAUGGCUUUGUGAGGCACAACCAGGCUGUCCAGUGCAGUUCUGCAGAUUGCACAGUGAUCUAUUGUCAACAGUGUUGGAGGGACCUCGACAGCAUCUGCUAUGCUUGUUUCACUCAUAACCAGUGUGAGCUGCGAGACAGCGGCUCUGAUUCUGAUGUGUACUAUGGCUGUUAAUGGGAUCCGAACAUCAACCCAGCUCCAAGCAAAGCACACCAUUACAUACACAUACAGUAUACACAGAGCACACAGCCAAUCCACGCCCAUCCUCACAAGUUUUCCCAGUCCCAAAUUGCAUGAACGAAGAUA